AUGACGAAAAUAAGAAACUUCCUUCGUUUUCGUGGUUUCUCUGCAUGCCUUGGACUAGCUGCUACAGGUAACGAAACCUGCCCACUGACGGUGGUGCAGAAACCUUCCGAGGAAACCGAUGGCUUGCCACUGACAAUUUCAUCUGCGGCUAGAAUCGCAUACAUCGCGGAGGGUCUUCUUCUAGACAUCGCAUUCUCCGCAGUUCCGAACUGUUCUCCAAUGCCGUCGAAGUGGACUAUCGUCGACGAACAACCUGUGGGAAUGUCUCUGAAAAUCAGUGGUUAUAACAAUACAGUGGAAGGUAAGUUCAAGAUCUUUAAAUAUCAGAGCCUCUUCUAUAAGCUUAAGUUCUGUCCUACUGGCGAUCCUUGUGGAGAUCUUGGGUUUUAUUAUGAUCAAAGUGGAAAAAGACAUCUGGUUUUUGUGACUGAUGAGAGUCCGCUUGCAGUUGUGUUCAAGAAACUAUCAUACUCAGGAGAUACAUUGAAUAGUUUUUGA